AAGAGUCAUCGAAGGAAAAGAUCCAGGAGUGUAGAGGAUGAUGAGGAGGGUCACCUGAUCUGUCAGAGUGGAGACGUACUAAGUGCAAGAUAUGAGAUUGUUGGUACUUUGGGUGAAGGUGCUUUUGGAAAAGUAGUGGAAUGCAUCGAUCACAAAGCGGAAGACAGACAUGUAGCUGUGAAAAUAGUAAAAAACGUUGCUAGGUACUCGGAAGCAGCUCAUGCAGAAAUAGAAGUACUGGAACAUUUAAAUGCAUCGGAUCCCAGCAGUACAUAUCGCUGUGUCCAGAUGUUGGAGUGGUUUGAGUACUAUGGACAUGUCUGCAUUGUUUUUGAGCUCCUGGGGCUCAGCACCUAUGACUUCAUUAAAGAGAAUGGCUUUCUGCCAUUUAGGCUGGACCACAUUAGGCAGAUGGCAUAUCAGAUCUGCACGUCUGUCAACUUUUUGCAUUUGAACAAGUUGACACACACAGAUCUGAAGCCAGAGAAUAUUUUAUUUGUGACAUCUGACUAUGUAGAAGAGUAUAACCCCAAACUGAAAUGCGAGGAACGCACGCUGAAAAAUCCAGAUAUCAAAGUUGUGGACUUUGGGAGUGCAACAUAUGAUGAUGAGUAUCAUAGCACUUUGGUGUCUACAAGACAUUACAGAGCUCCUGAAGUUAUCCUAGCACUGGGAUGGUCACAACCAUGUGAUGUUUGGAGCAUUGGAUGUAUUCUCAUAGAGUAUUACCUUGGAUUCGCACUAUUUCCGACCCAUGACAGCAAAGAACACCUGGCAAUGAUGGAGCAAAUACUAGGGCCUUUGCCAAGUCACAUGAUAAAGAAAACCAGGAAACGGAACUAUUUCCAUCACAACCGGCUGAACUGGGACAAACACUGUUCUGCUGGCAGAUACGUCUCAAGGCGCUGUAAGCCACUGAAGGAAUUCAUGACCUGCCACGAUUCUGACCAUGAGAGCCUCUUUGACCUCAUCGAAAAGAUGCUGGAGUAUGAUCCAGCCAAGCGCAUUACUCUUGAAGAAGCAUUGAAACAUCCUUUCUUCUUCCCAUUGAAACGGGAAAAAAGGGCACGGUCUCCUGGAGCUGAGCAAGCUGACACAGAUGUCAGUUCACCAAAGAAAUACAAAAGAUAUUAA